AGUGAACCCAAAGUGUGGAUCAAUUGAUUGAUCUGUUUUUCAGUUGAUUUUCAUUUGAAAGUGAAUUUAUCAUUGAAUUCAACAAACGGUGGCAUCGAUUAUGACAUCACAAGUGGUGACCGCAGAAGCGCCACAAGAAGACAAACCCAUCGAUAGGGAGAAGAAGUGUCCGCUACUUCUUCGCGUGUUCCUAUCACUGAAUGGUCGGCACAACAACUGCAACGACUACUCGCGAAACGAUUGUCCGGCUAAUGAGCUCCAGGUGUACACGUGGACCGACGCCACA